CGGCGACGGCGACUGAAUUAGAGAGAAAGUCAGGCAAAAGCGGAGAAGAGAGAUGGAGGAGAACGGAGGAAGCGACGCUGGUAGCAACGCCCAUUGGUGGUGGGCUUUCGCCGGUGCAGCGCAGUUAGGUUGGGGUAUCGCCUCUUUCCGGCGAGGAUUUAUCGGUGAUUCCAGCAACAUGCCCCUCAAGGCCUUCGCCGUCGCUUCGCUUUUCGUCGGCGCUGCCGCCUCGUCUACAAUUGCUUCCCUCAAGGCCUCUGGCAUCCACAAGGUGGAAGACGUGAUGGAAGUAGGGGCCAGAAUCAGAAGUGGAUUGGGGAUUCGUUCAAGGGCACAAGAUAAAUGAAUAAAUGAAUAUGGCAGCCUUUGUUAUUCUAUUCUGUGGGUAACUGGGAACAUCUUCACUUUCACUUUGAGGAGUGCAUAUUCUCACCCACAUGAGUCAACUAAAGUCAUUCCAUAGCAGACUGAGCACUUUCUUCGAUGGUGAAAGAGUCACGAAGGGUCAGAUUCCAUUUUUCUUUAUCAACCCUUAAUUUGGUACUUCCUCUUAUAGAGAGGUCUCCUAUAAUUAUUUUGCUGUGUAGCAAUGAUAUCAGAUAACUGAUUAAGGGCUUAGAAAGUUCUUCUAAAUUGCCCUUAAUUUACUUUAGAUGUCCAACCUUCCUAAAGCAGCGAUUUCUUUCUUCAUUUAAGUAAAAUCCUCUGCCGAUUUAUCCA